GUGGUUUCCAGUUGCCUGGUGAGCACCUCCUUUACGGUUUGGUGCUCUUCGUGUCAAGAUCAGUCCGUCCAGAUUCCUUAAUAAUAUGGUUUCGUUCGUAGUAAACAGACGUGCAUUUCGUUUACUUUUGGAAGACAUCAAACUAUUUAACUAAUCUGCGAAUGUCGGUGUCCUGGUUUGGCGACAACGAAACUGUCAAGGCGAUUGCCAGUGAUCGUCCGCAUGGGAUAUGUUCAAAAAGGUGUUAGAGCCAAAUUCUUUGCAAAUAUCCGGCUGUGAUUAGGACCUUGCUCUCUGCCGGAUUGAGCAAUUAUUUGGAGGGAAUUAUUUUCAACUUCUUACUAACUUCGAAGGAAUUUCCAUCUGUGCUGCCUGCCCCCCAUUUCGACCCCCAAUAUGACGUUAGAGAAUUACGAGCUGCCAUGAGAGGCUUUGGCACAGAUGAACAAGCCCUCAUUGACAUUCUUUGCCAACGAUCCAAUGACCAGCGUCAGUCGAUUAUGGAACACUAUGGCCGCAUUGUUGCUCGGCCCUUAAUUGCUGAUCUCAAAAGCGAACUGAGCGGAAAUUUCAAGAAUGUUAUCAUCGGCCUGAUGUUUCCGACGAAUCACUACUGCGCCAAACAAUUGCACAAAGCCAUGAAAGGCAUUGUUAGAAUCAAGGAGGAUGUUUUGGUAGAAAUCCUCUGCUCCCGAUCUUAUGAAGAAAUAGAAAAGAUUGCUGCUGCUUACCAAUCAUUGUAUGGCACCACGCUAAUAGAAGAUGUCAGAAAAGGAACUUCUGGAACAUUUCGACAAUUGCUCAUCAUGACUCUCCAGAAAAUGACGGACCAGAGUAAUGGCUAUGGCGAUUGGGCUUACGAUCCAGUUAAGGCAAAAGACCAGGCCAAAAUUCUCUACAAAGCUGGUGAGCGAAAAAUAGAAACAGAUGUAAAUGUUUUUCUCGACAUUUUCGGUUUUGCCGUUCAACGCCGUCGACAAGUUACCAUAAUUUUCCACGAAUACGAAAAGAUUUCAGGGAAAACUAUAGAACACCUAAUGAAAUCAAAAGUAUCUGGUGCAGUAUUAAAUGGUCUACUAACAACAGUGAAAACAAUCCGCAAUCGACCAGCUUAUUUUGCCGAACGGUUGAAAAUUGCCAUAAGUGGUUGGGGAACAGAUAAUGAUACAUUAAUUCGCAUCAUUCUUAGUCGCUGUGAAAUUGAUUUAACCAACAUUAUGUACGAGUACAAACGCAUGUAUGGCAAAUCUCUGUUUGAUGCCGUAAAAGAAGAUACUUCUGGUUAUUACCGACGCAGUCUUCUCACUCUCCUUGGAAUUGAGCCACUGGUUCGAUUGAGUUCAUCUUUCUGUUCUUCGUGUACUGUUUCUUGCGGAAUUACGCCUUAAAAAAACACUAGUCCUCAUUGCUCUGUGGCACCAUUCAUCAAUUGGAAGGAAGAAGAAAUUUUAAACAAAUAAUAAUCGCUACUAAACCCUCAUAAUGCUGGUCCAUUGGACAACUCAAUGAGAAUCCAGUUAGGAGUUCUCUCAGGAGUCCCACAUGUUUUCGCUCCGUAAAUGUGAAUCCUUGCCACUCACAGUACGUUAUUAUUCCGUAAUUUAUUGAAUCACUGCGUUAAAAUAAGCUGUGGACACAUUGCUAAGUUUAAAGUGAAUCAGAUAAAUACUAAAGUGUAUCUUAAAGAAAAUUCACCUCCUAUGUGAGAAAAGAGUUCAAUUUAAAAGAA